UUCCCAUCGGGUCCCGCGCGCGCUCGCUACCCCAGCCUCCCCGGGCGGGGCCGCGUUGCCUGCUGGGAGCUGUAGUCCUCGGCCGGAAGGCGCGGGUGGAUGACGUCAGAGGAGCGCGACGAGGAGAUGGACGCUCAGCGUGCGCUGGAGCUGCUGCACAUGACCGUCUUCUCCCAGAGCGUCUCGCCCUGUGGCAAGUACCUGGCAGCUGGGAACAACUAUGGGGAGAUCGCCAUCUUCAGCCUCUCGGCAGCGCUGAGCUCUGAAGCCAAGGAGGAGAGCAAGAAGCCGGUGGUGUCCUUCACAGCCCACGACGGCCCGGUCUACGCCAUGGUAUCCACCGAGCGGCAGCUGCUCAGCUCCGGCAACGGCGAGCUCAGGGCCUGGAACUGGAGCGACAUCGUCAAGAAGGGGUGCAAGGAAGCCUGGAGCCGCAGACCCCCGUACAGGAGUAGCCUGGAGGUGCCCGAGAUCAACAGCCUUCAGCUGAACCCCAAGGAUAACAGCAUCCUGCUGGCCGGGGGCGACUGCGCCGUGCACGCCAUGGACCUGGAGUCCGGCACCUUCACCCACGAGUUCCGGGGGCACAGCGACUACGUGCACUGCCUGGCGCUGCGGGACCAGUCCCAGGAGUGUCUGUCAGGCAGCGAGGACGGCACCGUGCGCAUGUGGGAUCUACGCACGGGGGCACAGGUCCAUCUCAUCGAAGUGCACAAAUACGAGGAAUGCAGCCGGCCCCAGCACGGGAAGUGGAUCCGGUGCCUGGCGACAGACUGUGACUGGAUGGUGUGCGGGGGGGGGCCGGCGCUCACCCUCUGGCACCUGCGCUCCGUGACCCCCACCACGGUCUUCCCCCUGCCCCACUGCCAGCAGCACGUCAUGUUCUACCAGGACCUGAUCCUCUCGGCAGGGCACAGCCCGGCCAUCAACCACCUGCAGAUCAGCGGGGAAGUCAGGGCUCAGAUCCCCUGCACGCCCCGCUCCGUCCACUCGCUCUGCGUCAACGAGCACUCCCCUGAGCACAAGGUGCUGACGGCCGCCGGGAGCAGCCACAAAGUCGACGUCUUCACCAACUUCAGCUACCGGGCGUUUUCCCUCUGCUUCGCGUAGCGCCCCCCCAGCGCCCCCCGAUCCCCUCCCCCCACCCCUAAUCCCACACCCCUUCAGCUACCGGGCAUUUUCCCUCUGCUUCACGUAGGGCCCCCCAGUGCCCCGAUCCCGUCCCCCACCCCGAUCCCACUCCCCUCCUGCUUCGCAUAGCACCCCCCAAUCCCCUCCCUGAUCCCCUCCCCCACCCCUAAUCCCUCACCCCUUCAGCUACCGGGCGUUUUCCCUCUGCUUCGCGUAGCGCCCCCCCAGCACCCCCCGAUCCCCUCCUCUGAUCCCCUCCCCCACCCCUAAUCCCACACCCCUUCAGCUACCGGGCAUUUUCCCUCUGCUUCACGUAGGGCCCCCCAGUGCCCCGAUCCCGUCCCCCACCCCGAUCGCACUCCCCUUCUGCUUUGCGUAGCACCCCCCAAUCCCCUCCCUGAUCCCCUCCCCCACCCCUAAUCCCACACCCCUUCAGCUACCGGGCGUUUUCCCUCUGCUUCGCGUAGCGCCCCCCCAGCACCCCCCGAUCCCUUCCUCUGAUCCCCUCCCCCACCCCCAAUCCCACACCCCUUCAGCUACCGGGCGUUUUUCCCUCUGCUUCAUGUAGGGCCCCCCAGCCCCCCGAUCCCCUCCCCCACCCCUAAUCCCACACCCCUUCAGCUACCGGGCGUUUUCCCUCUACUUCGCAUAGGGCCCCCCAGUGCCCCUCGAUCCCCUCCUCUGAUCCUCUCCCCCACCCCUAAUCCCCCACGCCUUCAGCUACCGGGCAUUUUUCCUCUGCUUCGGGUAGCGCCCCCGAUCCCCUCCCCCACCCCAAUCCCACACCCCUUCUGCUUUGCGUAGCGCCCCCCAGCCCCCCGAUCCCCUCCUCUGAUCCCCUCCCCCACCCCUAAUCCCACACCCCUUCAGCUACCGGGCGUUUUCCCUCUGCUUCGCGUAGCGCCCCCCCAGCACCCCCCGAUCCCUUCCUCUGAUCCCCUCCCCCACCCCCAAUCCCACACCCCUUCAGCUACCGGGCGUUUUCCCUCUGCUUCAUGUAGGGCCCCCCAGCCCCCCGAUCCCCUCCUCUGAUCCCCUCCCCCACCCCUAAUCCCACACCCCUUCAGCUACCAGGCGUUUUCCCUCUGCUUCGCGUAGCGCCCCCCCAGCGCCCCCCGAUCCCCUCCUCUGAUCCCCUCCCCCACCCCUAAUCCCCCACCCCUUCAGAUACCGGGCGUUUUCCCUCUGCUUCGCGUAGCGCUCCCCAGCCCUUCGAUCCCGCCCCCCACCCCCGAUUCCACCCCUUCCACUCCAGAGCCCCCCCAGGCACCUUUCCCUGCUCACUUUUGGUUUUUUCUCUUCUGUUUAUUUUAUUAAUAAAAUCCAGGUGACCCCC